GGACGGAGGCUCAAAGAAACGGCGCAGAUGGUGCAAGUGGUGCAAGCACACAUGCAAGCAGAAGGAAAAUGUUCCCUUCCUCCCCUCAUCCCCUCCUCCCCCUCCUCACGUCCCCUCCCGUCCCCCUCCCCUCCCCCGCUGUCCUGCGCGUUGAAAAGGCCCCAGGCCAAGGAUCAUGAGAAACCGUUCUGCAUCAUGUAUUAUUGUUUUGGAUUAAAAAUGUUGCCGAAAUCGUGAUAAUCAGACAAGAGCAGGUGCUUCGAUUAAGAUCUUUGUUUUCCCCAUCGAAACAGUUGGUAUACUCAUGGCUGCAGGCUGCAGGUUGUUUUCGGUGGUGUUAUGGUGACCGAUACUGAGGUGCGCUGGAAACAUAACCUUAACGUGUGUCAACAAGUAGCUGAACUAGAGAUUUCAAGAUGGACGGAAAUAUGAUGACCAAAUUUAAAUUAAAGUGUGUUCUGCUUGAGUUGUUGAAAAGUGACUACAAAGUGACGGAUGACACUAUUCUUGAAAAGCUCAUUUCACACCUUUCUGACAAAGCAACGGGAUCACAAAUAAUAGAUGUACCACUAUGUGUUGCCUGGUCUCGUUCAGUUGUAUUGUCAUGGAACCAAGGACAGACGUCUUCAUCAGUCGUGUGCUUUGCUCUUCGUCUUUCUGCAAUCAUUGUGGAAGAUGAAAACAAUUUUAUCAGCAUACAGAAGGCUGUUAGUCCAGAAAUUCCAGGUAUAGAGUGCCUGGGACAUAGUAACACAACCUGCGUGUUUCUGCAGCUGCUUAGGGACGUUUGUUUGAGUACAACUAAGAGUGCAGCAAACUUUUCAGUGAAGUGCGCACUCGUACAGUUUCUUUCAUCUUUGCUUAAGCACUCGUCUGGACGGCAAUGGCUAAUGAAUACAGGACUAUGGAAAGAAGUUCAUGAAAUGACUCUGGGUGAUUCCAGUAUCUACGUUGUUCGUGAAGGCAGAAGAUUUUUGUCAGCACUUCUAAAUAAUAUGGUUUCUCUACAAGAAGCAGAACCAGUCUUAGCGUGUAUUUUAGAACCAUUUCUAUCUAUGACGUUGGUUCCAGAACUUCCCUUGGACACUCCAAGAGUGAUUGCAAGUUUGUACCUCAUAUCAGACAUUUUGGACAGCUCAUUUCUGACUUCAGAUCCCAAAACCAAUGUAAUUAAAUCACUUGUUGCUCAGUUAGUUUGUAACCCAACAUCUACAAUAAUUCCUAAAUGUCUUGAAGUUCUUAAACAAACAAAAAGUGAAGAGAUGGAAGAGCUUCUAGCUAAAAUAGCUGUCUUUAUGUACAUUCUGGACACUGUUAAAGAUGGUCAAAAGCAUCAACCACUUGAGAUUAAGGCAAUAUGUAUAAAAAUUUUGGAUGUGUUCAGUGAACUCAUCAAUAAAGGAAGUGUUGAGAAUGUCUUGAAACUUUGUGUCUUAUGUCAUAAUCAGUGGGCAUAUGUAGCCAGGAUACAAAGAAAAGAUGAAGAUACGACUUGCGUCCUUGCAGGAGAUGCAAAACAGUAUCGGUUUGAAGACCAGCUUCUCUGUCUGCAGAUGCUCCCAAUGUGUGUGGGUAUUUCUGGGGGACCAGAAUGUGACAUUUUGGCAGAAAUUACAGAAGCUUUCAUUCAAAAACUGACUUCACUCAUACACAAUCAAGUUCACCGUAUGGUGUAUAAUUUUCGAAGUUGCAUUAUUGAAAGAGGUUCUAAUGAACGACUUGCUUUGCUUGGUGUGUCUUCUAUCAGAUCGCUGAAACAUGUGUUGAGCAGGGAGCGGGCUGUCUUGGUUUUUCAGUCAUUCAUAUAUGUUUUGAAACAUUUUGUUCUUUGUGCUGAAUCUGAAACCAAGCAAGGCGGAUGGGGUGGGGAAUUUCGUCAAUCACAUCACUCAACAUUGCUUGUCGCAAUUUUGGAUGGUUUAGCUAAUCUGGUUCGCACCCAUCGUAUUACUUGGAGAGAAAGUGUUGAGUCGCUGUGCUUGCUCACCCUUGCUCAGGAGCUCCUUGAUAAUCCAGCAUUUUCCAGUAAAGUUGGGCUGGUCGUUCAAGCAUUGCAUCUCAUUCAGCUGUGUAUAGAAAACUUCAUGCCCCCAAAUUUGGCACUUUUAACAAAUUCUUUGAGCGGAACAAGUUUUGAUCAACUUGGAACACUUAUUUUCAAGCGUUUGCAUGAUCCACAUUGGGAAGUUCGUGACAGCUCAUUAGAAGUUUUAAUCACUCUUGCUACUAUUUCAAACUCUAAGUACCCACUAUUCCAAGAUCUUAUCCUGGAUAAUAAAUUGUGCGAGGUUGUUGUUCACCUGGCACUUAAUGAUGCAGAGAGCUAUGUAUGUGCUUCAGCUACAAAGUGCCUUACAGCCAUGGUUCGGGUUGAUCGUCUGUGGAAUGAAGAAUUAAUGGACAAAGAUUUGGUGAAUAAAAUGAUUGGGUUGCUGAAUGGUGAGAGUGAAGGGGUCUUAAGAAGAGAAGCCUCCCUACUUCUUUGUGAAGUUUUCAAACAUCGCAAAGUUCAGUCAGAUCUUCUGCACAAAAUGUGUAUCACAAUGGCAAAUGUAGUUCUGUCAGAUCUUCACUGGGAAGUAAAAGUCAAUGCUUUGAACUUUUGGCAGCUUAUUAUAGACCAUCGUAUGAAUGACCAAGGAAUGAUUGAUGGAGUUUUUCCCCAAGUCACAUUUUCCAAAGAACACAGAAAGAUCAUUAACCUUACUCCAGCUGCUAUUCAGGAACGCCUCAGAAAGGUUCUGGUUGAGCUGUCUCAAAAUGGAUGCCUUCAUGUCUUGCUGGAAACUAUACAAAAGGAUGAGGAUUUGGAAGUUGUCAAGAAAGCGUCCCAGAUUAUCACAUCCCUUUCGGGGGUAUUAGAGAGACAUGGUCUUUUGGAACCAAAGAAUGUUUCAGCACCGUCCCCUACUUCAUCAGAAGCACCACCAGCCUCCAACCUCAACCACUUGUCCUCUCCAUCAAACCAAUCAAAUUACACCUCAGAAUCUCCUAAUUCUCUCUGUGAGAAGGAUAUUACCAGCACAAGCAUUGGUGAUUUUAAUACAAACUUUGAUUCAGCAAAGUCCCAAGACUUUAACUCAUUUCAGAACAGUGAUAAGCCUGCAAAGUCUAUUUUAGAUUUAGAUCCCCAAGGGAUGGGUUUUGCAGUGCUUGAUGAAGAACUCGGAUUGGACUUUCCCAACAUGACGCCUGCAGACCAGGAUCAAGUCAUUGAUUCCAUCCUUAAUGAUAGAGACAUCAACUUGUUAGCAAAGGUGUAUUUAGGAACUGGAACUGAGUUACCUGGCCGUCAAGGUCCUGAAACCAAAAUAUCAAAGCCCAUUCGGCCUUUGGUCAUAUUGAACUCUGAUGAAUUUUUACGUCAGCUUGUCACAUUGCAAGUUGAUGAGUUGGUGAAGGAGAGAACUCGCUGGAUUAAAGAUACAGAGGGCAAUCUCGAAACACUUUUGGAUGAUAUGUUAAUAGCAAGAGCCAUUCCAUGUGAAGGUGAAGACGACUGCAAUGCCAUGGACUGUUAUUAAUUAGUUAUUAGGUAAGCAUCUUCCUUUGUUCUAGCUUUAUGUUGAGUAUACUAUUUUGAGUGUUCUGUGCCUAUUUGUUAAUAAAUAAUGUGUUUUGUAAAGUUUAUGUUUAUCUUCAAUAAUUAAUGUGCACAGGGAGAGGGAUGCACUGUGUUAGGCAUGCCUGCGUUUUCCAUUUGGUCCCCUUUUGUUUUAUUGUUUAAUUGCUCUUGUUUUGCCCUUUACUCAUAUUCUCUUAGUUUGAGAGGCUCCCGUCAGAUACUGUUACCA